UGAAUGAAAGUUUGGAUCAGGGAAGUUUACUGAAAGUUUCAGUCGGAGCCAAAGCUGUACUCACGCGUUCUCUCAGUCACUCUGACCGUUCCGACAGUCUGCCAUGGAGGAGGCGCAGCACCUAAGGCAUCCUGCUCUGCUUUCGCUGCUGUUUCUUACGGCAGCUAGUUGUAGCCAGCAGGCUGUGGAGGUUGUCCUGCUGGAUUUUGCCUCGGCACAUGGAGAGCUCGGCUGGUUGACUGACCCAUACAAUGCAGCUUGGGAUCUUCUUCAAAACGUGUGGAAUGACACCCCCAUAUACAUGUACUCUGUGUGUAAUGUGGUGGAAGGUGAUCAGGACAACUGGUUACGGACUAACUGGAUCUAUCGUGGAGAGGCUCAGCGAAUAUUUGUCGAGCUGAAGUUCACCGUGCGUGACUGUAACAGCUUCCCCGAGAUCGAGACCUCUUGCAAGGAGACCUUCAACCUCUACUAUGUUGAGUCAGACUUUGAUUAUGGGACAAUUUUCAGGAAGAACCAGUUCAAAAAAAUUGACACCAUAGCCCCCGACGAAGUCACAAAGAAAGAGGACUUUAGCACCCGAAACGUGAAGGUCAAUGUCGAGGUGCGUGCAGUGGGCCCACUGAAGCAGAAAGGCUUUUAUUUAGCUUUCCAAGAUGUUGGUGCCUGUGUCGCCCUCCUGUCAGUACGUGUGUACUACAAGAAGUGCCCAGCCAUGGUCCGCAACAUGGCCGCCUUUCCAGAAACCAUAGCUGGCGAGGAUUCCCAAGCGCUCUCCGAGGUUCUCGGCUCUUGUGUGGAGAACGCGGUGGCCCACGAACCUCCAAAGAUGUACUGCAAUGCUGACGGCGAGUGGCUGGUCCCAGUUGGGCAGUGCAUGUGCAAAGCUGCGUACGAGAUGGUGAAUGGAACCUGCAGAGAGUGUGAAGAGGGCUUCUUCAAAUCGGAGGCCUCCAACGAUCCCUGCGCAGAAUGUCCUGCCAACACUCAGCCCUCCGAAGCGGGUUCCACAUCGUGUCCCUGCAAGGACGGUUUCUACCGAGCUCCCAGUGACCCGGCCACCUCUGCCUGUUCUCAACCACCAUCUGUGCCAGAAGGUCUGACUGCUACGGCCAUGGGUUCCACAGUCGUGUUAAAAUGGAUGCCGCCCAGUGACACCGGGGGUCGCAGUGACAUCACCUACACUGUGGUGUGCGAGCGUUGUGCCUGGGACACGGGAAGCUGCAAACCUUGCGAGGCUGCUGUCCACUUUACCCGCCGGUCUCCGUUUGUCCAGACUACAGUGAGUGUGAUGGAGCUGGAGCCGCACACCAACUACACCUUCAGGGUGGAAGCGAGGAACGGGGUAUCUGAUCAGAGCGCCACGCGCAGCAUUGCCAGCACUGUGGCCUUCAUCAAUGAGACGGAGCCUCCUAAAAUCACCUCGAUCGUUAUGGAGGAUCAGGAGAAGACCAGCCUUACUCUGUCCUGGAGUGUUCCCAAGAGGCAACUGAGAAGGAUUUCUGGCUAUGAGCUCAUGUACAGCAAAAAGGUGGAUCAACAGAGCUACACGGUGCUGCGGUCUGACAAUAACUUUGUGAAGGUUACAAACUUGCAGCCUGGAACGGUGUAUGUUUUUCGUGUGCAGGCGAUGAUGCCCAGUGGGGCUGGGUUUUACAGUGAGACCUAUGAGUUCCCGACUCUCCCAGAUAAAGAUUCGAGUUUGACACUUAUAGUGGGCUUGGUGGUUGGAGGAGUGGUGCUGUUGCUGAUGCUGUGCAUUGUCAUCUAUAUUAGGCGGAGGAAACCAAGUGCCCGGGCACGUCAGGGACCUGAGGAUAUUUAUUUCACCAAACUCCCUGACCAGCUGAAGCCUCUGAAGACCUAUGUUGAUCCACAUACGUACGAGGACCCAAACCAGGCUGUCCUAAAGUUUGCCGAUGAGAUUCAUCCAUCUGCGAUCACCAAGCAGAAAGUGAUUGGAGCCGGUGAGUUUGGUGAAGUCUACAAAGGCAUUUUGAAGAAGGGACGGAAGGAAAUUAGUGUUGCGAUUAAAACCCUGAAAGCUGGCUACACGGAGAGCCAAAGGAUUGAUUUCCUGAGUGAAGCGAGCAUCAUGGGACAGUUCAGUCACCACAACAUCAUUCACCUGGAGGGGGUCGUGACCAAAUACAAACCCCUGAUGAUUGUGACAGAGUAUAUGGAGAAUGGAGCACUAGAUGCCUAUCUCCGGAGGAACGAUGGCGACUUCUCUUCUCUCCAACUGGUCGGAAUGCUGCGGGGAAUUUCCUCCGGCAUGAAGUACCUUUCUGACAUGAACUACGUGCACAGGGAUCUAGCGGCUCGUAACAUCCUAGUGAAUAGUCAGCUGGUUUGCAAAGUCUCAGACUUUGGGCUGUCCCGAGUUUUGGAAGAUGACACCGAGGGGACGUACACCACUAGUGGAGGGAAGAUUCCCAUCCGCUGGACAGCUCCAGAGGCCAUUGCUUAUCGGAAGUUUACCUCUGCAAGUGACGUGUGGAGUUUCGGCAUUGUAAUGUGGGAAGUCUUGUCCUAUGGCGAGAGGCCUUACUGGGAUAUGUCCAAUCAUGAGGUGAUGAAAUCGAUAAAUGAAGGAUUCCGCCUGCCUGCUCCGAUGGACUGCCCUUCAGCCAUCUACCAGCUGAUGAUGCAGUGCUGGCAACAAGAGAGGGCCAAGCGACCCAAAUUCUGUGACAUUGUCAACAUCCUUGACAAACUGAUCCGCAACCCUGACUCCCUGAAAAACAUUGCAGACUUUGACCCACGAGUAUCCAUCCGACUGCCUAGCACAAGUGGAACCGAUGGCAUGAUCUUCCGUACUGUCAACGAGUGGCUGGACUCUAUCAAGAUGGGCCAGUACCUGGAGAAUUUUAUGACAGCUGGAUACAACACCAUGGAGCAUAUUGUUCAGCUAACCACAGAAGAUGUGAAGAAGAUUGGAGUCCGGUUACCAGGCCACCAGAAACGGAUUGCUUAUAGCAUUCUGGGACUGCAGGAACAGGCUAGCAGCAUGGGUGUAUACACUGUAUGAACUGUUCCUGUACCCUGCACCCAGGAGGCUAAAACCUUCCAAGACCUAUUUCCAGACAACUUUCAAUACUUGAAUAGCACAACAACUCUGUACAUGAGUGCUGGAAGGAUCCAGUGCUGAAGAAAAACUUUAAUUUUUUUAACCUUUUUUCUUAAAAAAAAACUAGAAGAGAUUUUGAAUGGAAAGAGACGAAGGCAUCAGCACAUGGAUUUCACCAUUCCUGUCAUUGGUGCUUGGAAUUCCAACUGUCCAGUGCCCAACAUGAUUGCAUUGGGAAGAGGGGAGCAUUUCAGAAGGCUGACAGCCAAAGUGGCUAUAAUUGAGUUGUUGAGCUGGUGCAGUGUGUGUCCAUGGAAGGAAUGAACUGCUUUAUUUGGAUCUUCGUGGUAUCCAUUUUGACUGUGUGCAGUUUAAUCAUUACCUGAUUGGGUUGUUUGUUGGCUUCUUCUCUCACUAAUAGUAACAGAUGCAAGUGCUCUAUAGGAUCAUUCUAGGAGAUGCCUCUUUACUCAACAGCAUCUUCAGAGUCCCCUCUAUAUAAAAGUUGAGACUCUUAUCAGGAAACACUUGUUUUUGGAAUGCUACGUUUCCUAUUUAUGAGGCUUUGAAGAAUUAGCUGGAUGGCAUUAGUCCAGACUGAGCUGGCAUGUAGAUCAUUUGUUCUGAAUGAUUUUGUAUAAAUGUAGUUUAAGCAGUUGAGGAGAACAAGCAUGAAAGGCAACUGGCUAAAUUGCGAACAGCAUUUUGCAGUUGGUUGAACGUGUAUUUUUUUUGUUGUUGGUCCUGUUGAAUGAUUUCUGCGUAGAAUAAUGCCACCCCAAACUCCCUUGCUUUGGGCUGGAAUAUACUUGGUGGCUGUAAAACUCCUCGUGUGUAUGAUGAAACAGUUAGAAUACAGUACCGUGCGAUGAGGCACUGGACAUGAUCCCUGGAUGGUAGGUUGGGGCGUUCCAAAUCCAUCAGCAUUGCUGACCGUCGGGCAGAAUGCCAUCUGUUUAAUGAGGGGCAGGUCAUUCAACCAAUCACAGUCAUGUACCACUCAAGCCAGUUCAAAGACUACCUCGCCCCACACCUGCGGUAACUUUUAACUGUUUUCUGACACAAGCUGCCAACAACGCACCACAUUGUUAAAUCCCAAAGGCAAACAAAUUCCCAUGUGUCUGAUCUCCACAUCCUGCAAACAUUCCCAUUUCAAAGUUUUCCUCACCCUGUCUGUGUAAUUGUAAUGCACUUCGAUAACAAUCAAUUAAACAGAAUAGCAAUAAAGGUUGCUACCUUUUUAGGGUUGGGGAGGCAUAUCUAAGUGGUAGAUUUGCACACAGCAUUAUCAGGGGAAAUCUUUUAUUUUUCAAAUCCAUGUAUUUCUUAAGUUUUAAAGAUUGAAUUUGCACAGCUUAAAUUUCCUGAUUUUAUAUGAAUCUGACUAUAUAUAUAAUAUGUAUUAUAUAUAUUAUGUAUAUAGUGAGCCUCUUCAGAAAUAGUUCGAUACUUCUGCUUUUUUUUUAAAAAAAGGAAAAUGUUUUAUUUAAACUGUGUGUAUUUAUUCCGUGCUUUCUUCCAUACUUUUUUAAUUUAUUUAACUCUCAACUUAAUUUUUGUUGCCUCUGGCUGCAACUUGUUUGAUUUUUACUCUUUUUAUUGUCUCCAAGUUGCUUUGUAUUUAGAAAAUGAUUUUAUUUAUUCAGACCAAAGAGAGACAACUGAUGGAAAAGGCCCUUUAUACAAAGAUAUAGGUUUUUUUUUGUAAUAAAAGCUGGUG